AUGCUUUACUCCAAUAUCACUAUACCCCUGUCGGUUGACUUCACUCACAUAGAGGACUACUUUAUCUUUAUUUUUCACAUAGUAUUCGCUACCGCUGCGGUGUUUGUUGCGGGAUCAGUGGUGUUGGCAAUCCUCGCUACGAAAUCUCUGCGAGUUCAAAACCGAUUUAUUUUCAAGCUUAACACCAGCAUCAGUGACACGCUCACUGGCUUUUCUGUUUAUUAUCUUGGCCUUUUUGAUGUGCAAGAGGGAUACCCUUCAAGAAACGGGACACGUUAUGUUCUCCCUUCUUUUCUUGGAGUAAACGUCCUAACUUUCCUGUUCGCGCAGGUUGACCGCUACUUCGCCGUGUGCCACCCUUUCUUUUACAGUCGCUAUAUAACUCGAUCGGUCGUCGUGGGAAUUUGCGUAUUUUGCUGGUUCUACACAUACAUGAUACUAACGGUACAGAACGUGGUACCCAUUUCAAAAGCCGCACAGAUAAACGCUUUCGGUGUUCUUACCUUGCAAUUAAUAGUCAUCAUUAAAUUGCUGAUGACGAUUAAGCUGUACGUAAUUGCCAGAUAUCAGCUCGCUCGGGAAGCAUCCACACCCGAAAGGGAGAACAAGAAGGAGUCGCUAAGAGUCAUAGUGUUUGUCGUCAUAUGCUUUCUAACCUUAUGGAGCCCCUCCUUCGUUAACAUUAUUGUGAGACAGCUUACAUCGCAAGGCGUAAGAUUUAGAAAUGAAGCCACCAACCUGUUUGCCAUAAUGGCCCGUUUUAACGCACUUUGCACACCUGCGCUGUACAUUUGGGGAAGUCCCGCACUACGAGAAGCAGUAAGGACUCGCAUCUGGGGGAGAGUUUGUCCAACGCCGAGAGCAAGGGUCGAUUCUGACAACGGCGACGAACCUAAGGAUCGUCCCAGUUUAUCAAACAUUUUAAAAUAAUUUGAAGACACCGCAAAAUCUUGAGGGAUGUGUUAGUUUUAUCGUCAAUGAUUACAAUUUCUCUACAAAAUCAGGAUUUGAC